AUGAUGCAGCCAUUAGUGAGUGCGUGUGUGACCAUGAACGAGUGUCACGAAAGGAGUAUUGAACAUAUUACUGGCACUGAUGAAGGAGACCCUGAGCCAACGACCCAGCCUGCGCUUGAGAAUCCCCAUUUCGACAGUAGACUAGACACGUCGGAACUUAUCGCCAAACUCGACAAGGGAUGGCGCAGAUGCAUUGUAGCUACCAAUAUCCCCGAGCUCAGUAUCACAGUUCAAGGAGUUGUCUACGUCGUCGACAGCAGUUCAAUUCGCACCUUGAAAUACAUACGCUCAUCAGCUCUCAAAGUUCGAAGACCUCUGCCACAUAAAGAACCGGUCGUGCUGAGAGACCCCAGCCAGGGAUUUUUAUUGGCUGUACACUACGGAGACGUUUACGAUACAAUCUCGGCUGCCCUUCGAGAGCCUUGGGAGGUGGAUCAGCCGUUGUCGCUCAAGGUUCAGAAGGCCCAGAGGAAUACAAGCGGCGCCACCUUGGUAGCUGCGACCAAUAAAGUUGCUUGA